AUGACACGUACUAUUAAAUUGAAUUCUGGUUACGAUAUGCCCCUAGUGGGGUUCGGGUGUUGGAAGGUAACCAACGAUACAUGCGCUGAGACUGUUUACAACGCUAUAAAGACCGGUUAUCGGUUAUUUGAUUGUGCUCAAGAUUAUGGUAAUUGUAAGGAAAUUGGUCAAGGUUUAAAGAAGGCCUUUGAUGAAGGUGUUGUUAAAAGAGAGGAUCUUUUCAUUACUUCCAAGUUAUGGAAUAAUUAUCAUGAUCCCAAACAUGUUGAAGAAGCUUUAGAUAAGGUUCUCUCAGAUAUGCAAUUGAGUUAUUUGGAUUUAUUCCUUAUUCAUUUCCCUAUUGCCUUUAAGUAUGUUCCAAUUGAGGAGAAAUACCCUCCUGGAUUCUACUGUGGAGAUGGAGAUAAUUUCCAUUAUGAAAAGGUGCCUUUAUUGGAGACUUGGAAGGCAAUGGAAGCAUUAACUGAAACAGGUAAGGUGAGAUCCGUUGGGAUUUCUAACUUCAAUGCUUCAUUGAUUUUGGAUCUUUUAAGAGGUUGUAAAUUGGUACCUGCAGUGUUACAAAUUGAACAUCAUCCAUAUUUACAACAACCUCAAUUGGUUGAAUUUUGUAACAAGAAUGGUAUUGCCAUUACUGGAUAUUCAUCAUUUGGACCUCAAUCGUUCUUAGAGUUGAAUCAAGAUAGAGCUUUGAAGACUCCUACAUUAUUUGAACAUGAUGUUAUUAAGUCCAUUGCCAACAAUCAUAAGAAAACACCAGCUCAAAUAUUGUUACGGUGGGCAACUCAAAGAAACAUCGCCGUUAUUCCAAAGUCAAACAAUCAAGGAAGAUUAUUACAAAAUUUAGAAGUUGUUGAUUUUGAUUUAACUACUGAAGAAUUGAAAAAAAUUGAAUCAUUAGAUAUAAAGUUAAGAUUUAAUGAUCCUUGGGAUUGGGACAAGAUUCCAAUCUUCUACUGA